CCACUUCGGCUCAGGGAUGAAGGUCGUCCACCUCGUGCGGGACCCCAGGGCCUCCUUCAGGUCCUGCAUUACCUACGCCUCCUCGCAGAAGGACCACGCGAGCUACUGCCCGCUCAUCCUGGAGGACCUGUUCAUGGUCGGCACAAUGAAGAAGCUUUUCCCGAGGUCGCUGACUUCGGUGAAGUACGAGGACCUGUGCCUCGACGCCGCAGGGGUUGCCACAGACCUCUGGCGGUUCAUCUCCGGGGACAACGAGGCCGCCCUGCCUCGCUCCUGGUCGCGCUACAUCCAGGACCACACAACUCCCUCCAGGGCCAGCAGAGGACCUUACCAGACCCGGCGAGACUCGCAGAAGGAGGCAGAGCAGUGGCGGCAAGAAAUCGACGAGGACCUGCUUCUUGGCGUCGAGAAAUCGUGCGGUCAAGUGAUCGACCUUCUGGGCCACAAUAAGUUCCAUUCCUUGACCAACGUCAGGAACUGGUCCUUCCCUUUGAGGCGAACACCGAAGGCUUUGUACACGCAGAUCGAAGUCUUGUAAAGUGGUGCUGUUUUUGUUGUUGUUUCCAUUUUGUGUUUAUUAAUCCUCUUUCCGAGAGCCUAGGGAUUACUUGUUCAUGUUUGACUUCCUUGUCACCAAAUGAUUGCUCUGAGGUCUUCCUUUUGCUUCCAGAAAUAACUUUUAUCUGGAAUACAAAAAUUAAGGGAAACAAAAUACAAUUUUGUCCGAUGUGACCAUAAUAAAUCACUUAAUUUUGGUGCAAGUACUUGUAAUCCUUUUCUUACUCAAAAAUAUGCUUCCUCGUGUGAUACUGCAUAUCUCGUUCCAGAUUACACAACUACUAUAAUGGACCGUGAGUGUGUAUGUGUUUCAUUAUAUUUAUACGCGUCAACACGCAGACAUACAACAAUUUUUGUUUAAUUUAUAGGUUCUGAUAUAUGUAUUA